AUGGCUUCGAACCUGCCGCCUCCUCCACUGGGGUCACGUCCCCUAACUCUUGACGAGCUCUCUGCGUACACUUUUGGGGACUUUGCAUGCGUCGUUGAUCCUUCUCUGGUUCCGAAACUCUCUCGUGAGUUCGGACGCCGCUUUCCGCAAGGAGCCAGCACCGGUCCGGCCUUCUCGUCUCUCAGUCUGCCACUGCUGCCGGAAGGCGCGCCUGCUCUCCACUCCGCUGCGGUCAGGGCCACAGCCGUCCUUCGAAUAGUCACUCUGCUGAACAAUGCGGGAGGAGUGCGCACAGGGAUUCUUACCUCACUCUGCUCUCUGCUCAACGAGGCGGUCUCUCCAGAUGCCCAGACUCCUGCUUCUCCACUCGCCAAGCUGCCUCGCCACCCUCUCCCCACGGCUUGUGCCGUUGCAGGCUCCUUCACCAGAUAUCCCAGCGCUCUUCAGUAUAUGCUGAGUGGUGCGUUAGAGCACUUGGCGAAGGCCGAUCCCUCUUCGCCGCCAGCGAUUUCCGUCGACGAAGCCGCAGCCUUCUGCGCCGGGUGCAAUGAAGUGGCGGGCCGUCUGUUUGUUGCCUCGCGUCUUCUGUCGGCGCUCGUGACGCUUCAAGAUUGCAACACAGCCCUUCUCACAGAGGCGUUGUUGAUUCCGACGGAGUUCUUCAGCCUCCAGCAGCGGCGGUUGCCUCCCAUCAAGGGCAUUGAAAAAUCCGCGACAAACAUCGGGAACCUUCUCCACGACAGCAAACUGCCUGCAAGCAACAGAAAGAGUGUGGCGGAGGUUCACAGCCUCUAUCCCUCUCUUUCCCUCCUCCUCCCCGCACUUGGGAAUCUCCGAGAAGCUCUUCAGGGUCUAUCCGUGUACCUCAAUGCUGAGCUCAAGAACGCGGCAGAGCGCCCGGCCUCCGUCGCGCCUCUUUCCGCAGAUUGCGUCAGCGGUGCGAUCUCGCAAGACGCUGCCCUCUCCCGAGAGAUUGACGAAAGGACGGCUGCGUGUUCGUCUCCAGCCCCAGCUUCGCCUGCGGCUCUGUUCCGCCCGAGUGCAACAAGCGUCAAGUUGGCGCUCGAUUCGCUUCUUCACUGUCUAACUGGCGUCUUGCAAACUCUUGUCGCUGCAAGCGCCGACCGCGCACCCGAUUCUCUGAGAGCCGGCGACUGGCCAACCCUGGACGAAGAGGCCGACGGAGACCAGGCGACUGCCUUCAAACCGCCAGAGAGACCCGACUGCAAUGCAUUCCUUGGUCUCGGCACACACGCAAGGCGACGGACGCGCGUGGAAGACGUAACCCAAAGAAUCGCCCGUUUCUUGUCGGCGGAGACGGCCGGGGCAGAUGCAGCGUCUUCAUCAGACCCUGGCGCCGAGCUCGUUUUCCAGAUUGAAGAGCGGCUCGUCGCUCUCCAGGAGGUGUCUGCGCUGCAGACAGCUCUGCUUCUUCAGCUUGUGGAGUUCGCAGAUAUGAAGGCGUUUCUCGAGGCCGUGGCGAAGGCGGAAAGGCAGCCCAAAGGAAAGAAAAAGCUGACCAGCAGCCGAUACGGUAUGAGUCAAGGCGCCCGCCGGUACCAGCAAUAUCUGCUGGAGCUCGUCCGUGACGCCGUGGCGAGCAGACGGGGCGCAGCCUCUGGGAGUUGCGGCCGCCCUCACUGCGCAGUCCACUCAACGCCGGAGGGUGCGAAGGAUGGAGACGUGUGCCUGGCUGCGCUGCGGGCGAUUCUGCUGGCCGGAGGGCCCGAGGAAGCUGCCGCUGCAUCCGCGUUGCUCUCGGGAGGCCAGGCCUGUCGGAAAGCGUUCUGCGAGCAGGAGGGACACUUGGAGAUUCUCCUGACCCCAAUCAACCAGGUGCGGCGAAUUCCCAAGGCUCCAAAGGGGACGCAAGACUUCGGGCCUGCACAGAUGGCGGUCCGAGAACUCGUUCUCGGCGCCGUCCGCGAUGUGUUUCGGCGCCACGGGGGAGUCGAAAUCGAUACGCCCGUCUUUGAACUGAGGGAGACGCUCUUGGGCAAGUACGGAGAGAACCAAAAGCUGGUGUACGACCUGAAAGACCAAGGCGGUGAACAACUGUCUCUGCGAUACGACUUGACGGUGCCCUUUGCUCGGUAUGUGGCGAGUCACGACAUUGAGAAAAUCCGACGCUUCCACAUCGGCAAGGUGUAUCGUCGUGAUGAGCCGCAAAUGAACAGAGGCCGCUUCCGUGAGUUCUACCAGUGCGACUUUGACAUUGCUGGUGUUUCCCCAGUCAAGAUGGUCCCCGACGCCGAGGCGGUGUGCAUCAUGGUUGAGGCUCUGCGGACCCUCCAGCGCAUGGUUGGGAAGUUCCUCGUGAAGACGAACCACCGUGGGCUGCUGGAUGGCAUGAUGGAAGUGUGCGGCCUGCCCGCUGACAAAUUCACCACUGCAUGCUCGUCGAUUGACAAACUCGACAAAGAACCCUGGACGGCGGUGAGACAGGAGCUCGUUGAAACGAAGGGCAUCGCUGCCGCUGUCGUCGACCGCUUGGGUGAACUCGUGCAAAUGCGGGGCACCUUUUCGCAGAUCAUCGCGGAUCUCGGGAAGAAACCGGAAUUUGCGAGCAACGAGAAGGUCGCUCGUGCCCUAGAGGAAAUGGAGAUUUUCUCUCAGUACAUCGAAGCAAUGGGCGUCCAGGCCGACGAGGCCAUCUUUGAUCUGUCCCUGGCAAGAGGUCUCGACUACUACAGCGGGGUCAUCUUCGAAGCCGUUCUCCUAGGCACAGAUGGAGCCGCAGUAGGAUCAGUCGGCGGCGGAGGAAGAUACGAUAAACUCGUCGGCAUGUUCAGCGGCCGCGAUGUCCCCGCCGUUGGUAUGAGUGUCGGCGUCGAGAGGCUGUUUCGCAUGGUGGAGAAGAGCCUCGGCAUGGCUGCCGCUCUGCCGGGAGCAGCAGAAGAAGACAAACACUCUGGAGACAAGAAAAAGAAGAAGGAGAAAGCAACGCCUGAAACCCCCAGCCUCGUGCGCGAGAGCUUCACAGACGUCCUGGUCUGCUCUGUCGGCGACAAUAUGCUGAAAGCCUGCAUGCAAGUUGCAGGCUGCCUGUGGAGGAAUGGAAUCGCAGCCGAGUUUUUCUACGGCUCGGGGGCCAAGCUGAAGAAGCAGAUGGACCUCGCUUGUCAGAGGCGAAUUCCUCUGCUUGUUAUUCUUGGGGAAGAAGAACUGAAGAGGAACACGGCGAAAGUUCGACAGCUGUGGUAUGACGACGACGUGAAGCGACCGGAUGCAAAUGAGGAAGCCGCCAAAGGCGAAAAGGAAGAACAAGUGUCUCUGGACCAGCUGCCUCAAGUUAUCAAGGCCUACUUUUGUCAACAUGGCACAACGCUCGAACGCAUGAGAAGACGCGUCUUUGACAGUGUCGCAACAGUCAACUCUGAUGGGGCGUAA